AUGGCACUCGCCCCGGGACCAGACUCACUUGGGGACAGCAGUGGGGACGAGAGGCCCAGGUGGGACAACAAGCUCCAGUACCUGCUGAGCUGCGUGGGGUUCGCUGUGGGCCUGGGCAACAUCUGGAGGUUCCCGUACCUGUGCCAGACCUACGGGGGAGGGGCCUUUCUCAUCCCCUACCUCAUCGCCCUGGCCUUCGAGGGAAUCCCACUCUUCCACAUGGAGCUCGCCAUCGGCCAGCGCCUGCGGAGGGGCAGCAUUGGGGUGUGGAGGGCCAUCUCACCCUACCUGAGCGGAGUAGGGCUGGGCUGCUUCACUGUGUCCUCCCUGAUCGGCCUGUACUACAACGUCGUCCUGACCUGGGUGCUGUGGUACUUCCUCAACUCCUUCCAGCACCCGCUGCCCUGGAGCGCCUGCCCGCCAGACCUCAACCGGACAGGGUUCGUGGAGGAGUGUCAGGGCAGCAGCACCGUGAGCUACUUCUGGUACCGGCAGACGCUGAACAUCACGGCUGACGUCAACGACAGCGGCUCCAUCCAGUGGCGGCUGCUGGUCUGCCUGGCGGCCUGCUGGGCAGUCGUGUACCUGUGCGUCAUUAGAGGCAUCGAAACCACUGGGAAGGUGAUUUAUUUCACAGCCUUGUUCCCUUACCUGGUCCUGACAAUCUUCCUUAUCAGAGGACUCACCCUGCCUGGGGCCACUGAAGGCUUAGUCUACCUGUUCACUCCCAACAUGCAGAUUCUCCAGAGCCCGCGGGUGUGGCUGGACGCAGCCACCCAGAUAUUCUUCUCUCUGUCCCUAGCCUUUGGGGGCCACAUCGCCUUCGCAAGUUACAACCCACCGAGGAACAACUGUGAGAAGGACGCGGUGACCGUCGCCUUGAUCAACAGCAUGACCUCCCUCUAUGCGGCCAUCAUCGUCUUCUCCGUCCUGGGAUUCAAGGCGGGCAACGACCAUGGGCACUGCCUGGACAGAAACAUCCUCAGCCUCAUCAACGCAUUUGAUCUCCCCGACCAGAGCAUCUCCAGGGACGACUACCCUGCCGUCCUCGCACAUCUGAAUGCCACCCAGCCCGGGAGGGUGGCCAGGCUCCACCUGGAGUCCUGCCACCUGGAAGACUUUCUGGAUAAGAGCGCCUCCGGCACGGGCCUGGCCUUCAUGGUCUUCACGGAGGCCAUCCUGCACAUGCCGGGGGCCCCCGGCUGGGCUGUGCUCUUCUUCGGGAUGCUCUUCACCUUGGGCCUGUCAUCCAUGUUCGGGAACACGGAAGCUGUCAUUACGCCACUCCUGGAUAUGGAGGUCAUGCCCAGAUGGGUCCCCAAGGAGGUCCUGACUGGAGUGGUCUGCCUGGCCUUUUUCCUCGCCUCCAUCUGCUUCACACUGCAGUCUGGAAACUACUGGCUCGAGAUUUUCGACCGCUACGCCGCUUCCCUGAACCUGAUCGCCUUUGCGUUCCUAGAGGUGGUCGGCAUCAUUUACGUAUAUGGGAUGAAUCGGUUCUGCGAUGACAUAGCAUGGAUGACCGGGAGGCGGCCUGGCCUCUACUGGCGGGUGACCUGGAAGGUCGUCAGCCCCCUGCUGCUGCUGACCAUCUUUGUGGCCUACAUCGCCCUUCUGGCCAGGACGCCACCGAGCUACAGGGCCUGGAACCCCCAAUACGACCAGUUCCCCUUGCAGCAGGAGAAGAUCUACCCGGGCUGGGUGCAGGCCACCUGCGUGCUCCUAUCCUUCCUGCCCGUACUGUUGGUCCCGGCCGUCGCGCUGGCCCAGCUGCUUGCCAGGUGCAGACGGAAGCAGAAGGACACACUGCAGGACACGCACCCAAAGCCACAGGAUGGCAGGGCCUGCUGAGGGCAGAGUGGC